GAAGGCUGAUGAUUCACGAGGGGGUUGGUGGCAAACGCAAAAAGUCUCAAGUCCGACUCUGUGAGCAGCACAGGCUUCCUGACCCCGACAUUGUGCUGGGGACACAAAGCAGCUUCCUGGUGAUCAAUCUGUCCCUUUCUCCUUGCUGUAAGAAGGAUAUUUUCCAAACGUCUGCCCCCUUUCAGGACUAGCUGAUUACAAAAUAUUGGGGUAGUUCACGCCUGUCUGCACCGCCCUAUGGCCCCACCCCCACAAGUUUCAUUUCUGAGUUUCCUGUAGUCUGAGUUGACUUCCUGGUCCUGCUUUGUUGGGACUGGCAGCUCCCCGGGGACUUCAGUUCGUGUGAAACCGUCUGCGGUGUCCAGGCAGAAGACCUCGGGACCUGGGGGUAGUGGCACUGCAGCCCAGGUGAUGAGUGCGUCUGUCCCUGUGGGGGUUCUGGCGGCUCCCUCUCUGCCUUUGGGUCUGAUCCUGUAGGUUUUCAGAAGCCAUGUCCUCAGCCACAGCAACCCAGAGGAUGAGGGAGGAAGCCACCUGCUCCAUCUGCCUGAGCCUGAUGACCGAGCCGAUGAGCAUCAGCUGUGGACACAGCUUCUGCAAGCGGUGCUUAGAGGGCUUCCUGGACAACCAGCCGCCAAAUCUGCGCCAGCACCCCUGUCCCCAGUGCCGGGCUCCAUUCCACAAGAAGAGCCUGCGGCCCAACAAGCAGCUGGGGAACCUCAUUGAGGCCAUGAAGGGGCUGGAUCACGAGAUGAUCUGCACGGAGCACGGGGAGAAGCUGCACCUGUUCUGUAAGGACGAUGAAGAAUUCAUCUGCUGGCGCUGUGAGCGGUCACCACAGCACAUGAGGCACUCCAUUGUUCUCGUGGAGGACGCGUGCUCAGGCUACAAGGAAGAGCUCCAGAAAGCUGUGACAAAUAUGAGACAACUGGAAAAGGAGUGUAUGAAUCGGAAAGCAUUGCUGCCAAAGCAAAUAACUGAAUGGAACAGGCAGAUGGAACUUCAGAAACAGAAAAUCCAGGAUGACUUCAAGGAGCUGCACAGGUUCCUGCAGGAGGAGGAGAAGUCCUUCCUGUGGAGACUGGAGAAGGAGAACGAGCAGACUCUGAAGGCUCUGAGGGACAGUGAGGCCAGUCUGGAGCGCAAGAGACGUGAACUCGAGAGUCACAUCCAGCGCCUGGAGGACAGGUGUCAAGGCUCAGCCCAGAAGCUGCUGCAGGGCGUGAAGGGCGCUUUGAGCAGGAGCUCAGCUGUGAUGCUGGACAUGCCAGUGGCCCCGUCUUUAAAGAUUCAGACUGCCUGUGAUGUAUCUGAGCUUUACUUUGGUGUGAGGCAGUUGUUAAGAGGCUAUCAAGUCAACGUGACUCUGGAUUCAGAUACAGCUCAUUGUGACCUAAUCCUAUCUGAGGAUCAGAGACAAGUGACUCAUCGUAUCCCCCAAAAUAUUUCUCGCAGGAGACUUACCACCUACCCCUGUAUUCUGGGUCGCAACAGCUUCACCUCGGGACGACAUUACUUUGAAGUGUAUGUGGGAGAAGGGACUCAGUGGGAGUUAGGACUUUGUAUGAAAAACGUGCAGAGGGAUACUAACAAGUGGAGGAACCCCCAGUCUGGGUUCUGGGCCAUCAGGAUGGUGAUGAAGAAACAGGGGAAAUAAGGCAAAUGAGUGGUUUCCAGUUGUUGGAGCAUGGUGGGCCUCCACCUCCAUCAGAGGAAGACAUGGAAGAGGUCAGGCUAUCUCUCACAUCCCCAGCAUCAUAAGUUCUCCUAGACAGAUUGAGAGAAGCUGGGCAUAACUCAAAAGUGAAGAGCAGCAUAAUACACCACCCCACAUAUGUCACUUGGGCAUAACAUCUAUAUUGGGCUAAGGCAGAUGAGAAAAAACAGAAACAAGAAAACCUCUUUGUCCUCCCCUAUUUGCCUAAAAGCAGGACAUGAAGUUGUAAAGUGUCCCCCCUCUUCUCUGUACCAGGAAAGACACAAGCUAAUCACCAGACACACCGCUACACUGUUAUCAACCCAGACACAGCACCCGAGGAACCUACAGGACAAACCUUGUGAAAACCAGCCCUUAUUUACUAUUACUUUCCCCAUGUCAGUCUUCCCACAUUUGCAAGCUAGGAAGUCAUUUUUAUCUUGUUACUUCUCUAAAAAUCCUGUUUUUUGUUAUGAUGCUGUAUAAGCCCAAGUCCCACCCUCUGCUCUGAGUUGCUGAUGUCAGAGCAUCUCCACCUGUACACAGGUGCCCAGGAAAAGCGGCCUGUUUCUCCUCGGCUCUCUUACUGUGAACACACUCACAGCACUCCACUUCUGACACCACAGAUGAAGGUAUUUUUCACACACCAACUUGGGUGUCCUACAAUUCAAUUCAACUCUGACACUAACUGGAGUCAGACAGACCCCACAGGUUAAGGGUUCAGACCCACAAGACUGUCGCUGCCCACCCCCACCUCAGAUACCAGUCACAAGUCCCGGUUGUCACUCUGGUUCUGACUGAUGGGGUAUAAAUUGGAGGUUUCCAUGACCCCUCUUAGGGUUCAAUCAUUUGCCAGGACAGCUCACAACACUCAGAGAAAUACUUUGUUUACUGGUUGAUUGUUAGUAAAGAAUAUGACAAAUGAGACUGAUGAGCAUCCAGAUGAAAAGAUACAGAGGACGAAGUCCAGAAGGGUCACUAGGACAAGAGCUUCUGUCCCUGUGGAGCUGGGAGGUGGCCGCCACCUGGCACGUGGAUGUGUUCACCUUCCCAGAAGCUCUCUAAACCCUGUACUUUUGGAUUUUUAGGGAGGCCUCAUCAUGUAGGCAUGAUUAAUCGUUAAGUUAAUCCUCAGGUCCUCCUUCCUCCCUGAAAGGUGGGGAGUAGAGCUGAACGUUCCAAGCUUCUAAUCAUGGCUGGGAAUUCCUGGUGACCAGCCCACCUGAAGCCACACAGGAGCCCAACCCAGAGUGGCCUCAUUAGAAUAAAAGAUGCUCCUAUCACCCAGGAAAAUGCAAGAAAUUUAGGAAAUCCAUACCAGCAACCAGAGUUGAAGACCAAAUAUUACAACAAAAGAUGCUCCUCGUGCUUUUAUCACUUAGAAAAUUACAGGGGUUUCAUGAGCUCUGUGCCAGGAACUGGGGGCAGAGACUAAUAUAUAUUCUAUUAUGUCAUAACAUGCUAAUAAAGUUCUAUUUUUCUAUUA